AUGCUGCAGGGUGAACUCCACGAAAUCCGGUUUGCCUGGCCUAAACCUGGCGAUGAAGAGAAACCCAUGGAAGUCACUGGAGAAAAUCCCUUGCCGCUCAACUGCGUGGCCUAUAUUAACGAUUCCAUGGGACUGCAUCGCGUGGAGAACCGUAGCCACUCUGAGCGCGCCGUAAGCUUGCACCUGUACUGUCCGCCCUUCCAGGCUUGCCAAAUGUUUGACCAACGUACAGGUCAUCGCUCUAAGAGCAAGGUUACCUUCUGGAGCAAGUAUGGAAAACGCACUCCUCUGGUUGCUCCAUCUGAACCAGUACAAUAUGAAAAUAACUGAGUGGACCACAAAGAUGAAGACUCUGGCAUAUGCAGAUGUACAUAUGCAGUCGAUGUGACCAAACACACAGCUGCAGCGGUAUUCCAAGCACAUGACAUUC